AUGAAACCAGAAAUCAUGAUAAAACAUAAAGACGAGAAACAUAGCUUUUUUUCAAAGAAAUUGAACGAAAGCAAACUCUUGGGUUCCAUUGGCUAUACACAAGAAAUACAAAGCAAAAUAAGCGAGCAACUUUGUAUUGAGGAAAAAAUUAACAACCAUGAAAAAUUGAUUACAGAAGUUAAGAACAACAAUUUAUGA